AUAAAUAACAGCAGGAGUGAUCUAACCCUAUACAGCCCAUCUUCUACGUGCAAAAACAGCGUGCGGAGGACGGCCACAUCUCCGAUUGAAAACAAGUGGAUCUCUGUGGAUAAGAUCACCGGGCAGCCAUGGAAGAACUUACGGCUUUUGUAUCCAAAUCUUUUGACCAGAAAAGCAAAGAGAGCAGCAGCGGCAGUGGCAGCGGCAACAAGAAGGAGACGAUCACGUACAGGGAAGUUUUGGAGAGUGGGUUGGCUCGCUCUAGGGAGCUUGGAAACUCUGAUUCUAACCUGCAGGACAUGACCGAGAGCAGCAACCAUUGCCCGGUGCAUCUUUUCAAAGACCACGUAGAGAGCGACAAGGACAAACUGAAGGAGUUCAACACGGGCAGGACAGCGGAAGGGAUCUACGAAUGCAAAGAGAAGAGGGAAGAUGUGAAGUCAGAAGAUGAAGACGGACAGACCAAGCUUAAACAAAGGAGAAGCAGAACCAAUUUCACACUAGAGCAGCUGAACGAGCUGGAAAGACUUUUUGAUGAGACUCACUAUCCGGAUGCCUUCAUGAGGGAGGAACUAAGCCAGAGGCUGGGACUAUCUGAAGCUAGGGUUCAGGUCUGGUUCCAGAACAGGAGAGCAAAGUGCCGAAAGCAGGAAAACCAGAUGCACAAAGGUGUGAUCCUGGGAACCGCCAGCCAUUUAGACGCCUGCAGAGUAGCCCCCUAUGUGAAUAUGGGAGCCCUGAGGAUGCCUUUCCAACAGGUCCAGGCGCAGCUGCAGCUGGAGGGCGUGGCCCACGCGCACCCGCACCUGCACCCGCACUUGGCGGCCCACGCGCCCUACCUGAUGUUCCCGCCGCCGCCCUUCGGGCUGCCCAUCGCCUCCCUGGCCGAGUCCGCUUCCGCCGCCGCCGUGGUGGCCGCCGCCGCCAAGAGCAACAGCAAGAACUCCAGCAUCGCCGACCUGCGGCUGAAGGCCCGCAAGCACGCCGAGGCCCUGGGGCUCUGA